AUGUCCAGCAGUACUCCUCUUGUGAUCUUGUGUACCGGUGCCAGUCGAGGAAUAGGCUUUGCCAUCAUUCAGGCUCUGGCAAGUCAUCCGAGAACGGCCGGUGCCUCAUUCCUGCUUGGCUGUCGAAGUGCAGACAAAGGAAAAACGGCGAUUGACGAGCUCCGCGCCAGCAAGGGGAUCACGUCGAGCAUCGAACCUGUCGUCCUUGACGUGACUUCUGAUGAAUCCAUACGAGGCGCUCUAGAACUGGUGCAACGCCUUUACGGCCGGCUCGAUGUUCUGAUCAACAACGCCGGAUAUGCCGCAAUACCCUCAGCUUCGGAAUAUUCCGACUGGAGAGACAUCUACGCCAAGGUGUACGAAACCAACGUCACAUCGGUAGCGUUGAUGAUGCAGAACUUCCUUCCUCUGCUCCGCAAGUCAACGGGCACGAUCAUCAACAUCUCGUCGGCGCGAGGAUCCGCCGGCCUCGCUUCCGGCGGCGCUUUGCCGCCAACUGUCUCCGUUCCGUACAGCGUUUCAAAAGCCGCCCUGAAUAUGCUCACCAUUGAAACAAGCCGACAGGUCGAAAAUCAGAACGUCGAAUUCCAACUGGUCAGUCCCGGGCAUUGCAAGACCGCUUUCAACGGCUACAGAGGGACGAGAGAUCCACUGGAAGGUGCAAAUGUUGUGGUUGAGUUGGUCGUCGCAAGAAAAAGCAAGUACAAGAAUGCUGGAUUCUGGGAAACUCGAGGCGCCAGUAUGGACCUGGUCGAGAUUCCAUGGUGA